AGUGGGCGAGCGGUGGGGACAGAUUCGCUCCCACCUGGGCGAGCGUGCGCACGGCCGGGUGAGGUCGAGGGUGUCCUCGGGGGCCAGCGGGAAGCGGAGUCGUGGGAAGCUCCCCGCAGCUCACACAGCCGCCUCGGCCCUGUGCCGCCCGCCGCCGCCCCUCCCUUUGCCCUUCACGGCGCCCGGCCCUCCUUGGGCUGCGGCUUCUGUUUGCGGUUGGGCAGCCAGCCUUUCCCCUUUUGCUUUCCUUCCCGUCCCCUCCCCCCGAUUGGACUCUAACGCCAGUGUGGCGGGUCCUGCAAUGUCCCAGAAGCCGCACGUAUAACUUGCUCGGCGGGUAACUCGUUCGACUUUGGAGUUCUUUUAAUUCUUCUGAAAGAUUUCAAAUCCUCCAGAAGCCAAAAUGGAACACAGUAAACAGAUUCGAAUUUUACUUCUGAACGAAAUGGAAAAGCUGGAAAAGACCCUCUUCAGACUUGAACAAGGGUUUGAACUACAGUUCCGACUAGGCCCAACUUUACAGGGAAAAGCAGUUACUGUGUAUACAAAUUACCCAUUUCCUGGAGAAGCAUUUAAUCGAGAAAAAUUUCGUUCCCUGGAUUGGGAAAAUCCAACAGAAAAAGAAGAUGAUUCUGAUAAAUACUGUAAACUUUAUCUGCAACAAUCUGGGUCAUUUCAAUAUUAUUUCCUUCAAGGAAAUGAGAAAAGUGGUGGAGGUUACAUAGUUGUGGAUCCUAUUUUACAUGUUGGCGCUGAUAAUCAUGUGUUACCCUUGGACUGUGUUACUCUUCAGACAUUUUUAGCUAAGUGUUUGGGACCCUUUGAUGAAUGGGAAAGCAGACUUAGGGUUGCAAAAGAAUCAGGUUACAACAUGAUUCAUUUUACCCCACUGCAGACUCUUGGACUAUCUAGGUCAUGUUAUUCCCUUGCUAAUCAGUUAGAAUUAAAUCCUGACUUUUCAAGACCUAAUAAAAAGUAUACCUGGAAUGAUGUUGGACAGCUAGUAGAAAAAUUGAAAAAAGAAUGGAAUAUUCUUUGUAUUACUGAUGUUGUCUACAAUCAUACUGCUGCUAAUAGUAAGUGGAUCCAGGAACAUCCAGAAUGUGCAUAUAAUCUUGUGAAUUCUCCGCACCUAAAACCUGCAUGGGUCUUAGACAGAGCACUUUGGCACUUCUCCUGUGACGUUGCAGAAGGGAAAUACAAAGAAAAAGGCAUACCUGUUUUGAUCGAAAAUGAUCAACAAAUGCAUUGCAUUCGAAAAAUAAUUUGGGAGGAUAUUUUUCCAAAGAUUCAACUCUGGGAAUUUUUCCAAGUGGACGUUUACAAAGCAGUUGAGCAAUUUAGAAGACUUCUUACACAAGAAAAUAGGAGAAUAACCAAGUCUGACCCAAAGCAGCAUCUUAAGAUUAUUCAGGAUGCUGAGUACAGACGGCUUGGCUGUACUGUGGAUAUGAACAUUGCACUAGCAACUUUCAUACCUCAUGAUAAUGGGCCAGCCGCCAUUGAAGAGUGCUGUAAUUGGUUUCAUAAGAGAAUUGAGGAGUUAAAUUCAGAGAAGUUUCAACUCAUGAACUAUCAUCAGGAACAGGCAGUUAAUUGUCUUUUGGGGAAUGUGUUUUAUGAACGACUGGCUGGCCAUGGACCUAAACUAGGACCUGUCACUAGAAAACAUCCUUUAGUUACCAGGUAUUUUACUUUCCCAUUUGAUGAAAUGGCAUUCACCACUGAAGAAUCUAUGAUUCAUCUUCCAAAUAAAGCCUGUUUUCUGAUGGCACACAACGGAUGGGUAAUGGGAGAUGAUCCUCUUCGAAACUUUGCCGAACCAGGUUCAGAAGUUUACCUAAGAAGAGAACUUAUUUGCUGGGGAGACAGUGUUAAAUUACGCUAUGGAAAUAAACCAGAGGACUGUCCUUACCUCUGGGAGCAUAUGAAAAAAUACACUGAAAUAAUUGCAACUUAUUUCCAGGGAGUACGUCUUGAUAACUGCCACUCAACACCUCUUUGUGUAGCUGAGUACAUGUUGGAUGCAGCUAGGAAAUUACAACCCAAUUUAUACGUAGUAGCUGAACUCUUCACAGGAAGCGAAGAUCUGGACAAUGUCUUUGUAACUAGACUGGGCAUUAGUUCCUUAAUAAGAGAGUCAAUGAGUGCAUAUAAUAGUCAUGAAGAGGGCAGAUUAGUUUACCGAUAUGGAGGAGAACCUGUUGGAUCCUUUGUUCAGCCCUGUUUGAGGCCUUUGGUGCCAGCUAUUGCACAUGCCCUGUUUAUGGAUAUUACCCAUGAUAAUGAGUGUCCCAUUGUGCACAGAUCAGCAUAUGAUGCCCUUCCAAGUUCCACAAUUGUUUCUAUGGCAUGUUGUGCUAGUGGAAGUACGAGGGGUUAUGAUGAAUUAGUGCCUCAUCAGAUUUCAGUAGUUUCUGAAGAACGGUUUUACACUAAAUGGAAUCCUGGAGCAUCACCAUCGAAUACAGGUGAAGUUAAUUUUCAGAGUGGCAUUAUUGCAGCCAGGUGUGCCAUCAAUAAACUUCAUCAAGAGCUUGGAGCCAAGGGUUAUAUUCAGGUGUAUGUGGAUCAGGUUGAUGAAGACAUAGUGGCAGUAACGAGACACUCACCUAGUAUCCAUCAGUCUGUUGUGGCUGUAUCUAGAACUGCUUUCAGGAAUCCCAAGACUUCAUUUUACAGCAAGGAAGUGCCUCAAAUGUGCAUUCCUGGCAAAGUUGAAGAAAUAGUUUUUGAAGCUAGAACUAUUGAGAGAAAUACAAAACCUUACAGGAAGGAUGAGAAUUCAAUCAAUGGAAUGCCAGAUAUCACAGUAGAAAUUAGAGAACAUAUUCAGCUUAAUGAAAGUAAAAUUGUUAAACAAGCUGGAAUUGCCACAAAAGGGCCAAAUGAAUAUAUUCAAGAAAUAGAAUUUGAAAAUUUGUCUCCAGGGAGUGUUAUUAUAUUCAGAGUUAGUCUUGAUCCACAUGCACAAGUUGCUGUUGGAAUUCUUCGAAGUCAUCUAAUACAGUUUAGUCCUCACUUUAAAUCUGGGAGCCUUCCUGUUGACAACUCAGACCCUAUAUUAAAAAUUCCUUUUGCUUCUAUUGCCUCUAAAUUAACUUUGGUUGAGCUAAAUCAGAUACUUUACCGAUGUGAAUCAGAAGAACAAGAGGAUGGGGGAGGGUGCUAUCACAUACCAAACUGGUCAGCCCUUAAAUAUGCAGGUCUUCAAGGAUUAAUGUCUGUAUUGGCAGAAAUAAGGCCAAAGAAUGAUUUGGGGCAUCCUUUUUGUGAUAAUUUGAGAUCUGGAGAUUGGAUGAUUGACUAUGUCAGUAGCCGGCUUAUUUCACGAUCAGGAACUAUUGCUGAAGUUGGUAAAUGGUUGCAGGCUAUGUUCUUCUACCUGAAGCAGAUUCCACGUUAUCUUAUUCCAUGUUACUUUGAUGCUAUAUUAAUUGGCGCAUACACCACUCUUCUGGAUAUAGCAUGGAAACAAAUGUCAAGCUUUGUUCAAAACGGUUCAACCUUUGUGAAACACCUUUCAUUGGGUUCUGUCCAACUGUGUGGAGUAGGAAAAUUUCCUUCUCUGCCACUUCUUUCACCUUCACUUGCAUAUGUACCAUACAGGCUAAAUGAGAUCACAAAAGAAAAGGAGCAGUGUUGUGGUUCUCUUGCUGCAGGCUUACCUCAUUUUUCCUCUGGUAUUUUCCGCUGCUGGGGAAGGGAUACUUUUAUAGCACUUAGAGGUCUACUGCUGAUAACUGGACGCUAUUUAGAGGCCAGGAAUAUUAUUUUAGCAUUUGCUGGUACCAUGAGGCAUGGUCUCAUUCCCAAUCUCCUUGGUGAAGGAAUUCAUGCCAGAUACAAUUGCCGGGAUGCUGUGUGGUGGUGGCUACAGUGUAUUCAGGAUUACUGCAAAGUGGUUCCAAAUGGUCUAGACAUUCUCAAGUGUCCAGUUUCCAGAAUGUAUCCUACAGAUGAUUCUGCUCCCUUGCCUGCUGGCACACUGGAUCAACCAUUGUUUGAAGUAAUACAGGAAGCUAUGCAGAGACACAUGCAGGGCAUACAGUUCAGAGAAAGAAAUGCUGGUCCACAGAUAGAUCGAAACAUGAAGGACGAAGGUUUUAAUGUAACUGCAGGGGUUGAUGAAGAAACAGGAUUUGUUUAUGGAGGAAAUCGCUUCAAUUGUGGCACAUGGAUGGAUAAAAUGGGAGAAAGUGACAGAGCUAGAAACAAAGGAAUUCCAGCCACUCCAAGAGAUGGGUCUGCCGUGGAAAUUGUGGGCCUGAGUAAAUCUGCUAUUCGUUGGUUGCUAGAAUUAUCCAAAAAAAAUAUUUUCCCUUAUCAUGAAGUCACGGUAAAAAGGCAUGGAAAGGUUGUAACAGUUUCAUAUGAUGAGUGGAACAGAAAAAUACAAGACAACUUUGAAAAGUUGUUUCAUGUUUCAGAAGACCCUUCAGAUUUGAAUGAAAAGCAUCCAGAUCUGGUUCACAAACGUGGCAUAUACAAAGAUAGUUAUGGAGCUUCAAGUCCUUGGUGUGACUACCAGCUCAGGCCUAAUUUCACCAUAGCAAUGGUUGUGGCCCCUGAACUCUUUACUGCAGAAAAAGCAUGGAAAGCUUUGGAGAUUGCAGAAAAAAAAUUGCUUGGUCCCCUUGGCAUGAAAACUUUAGAUCCAGAUGAUAUGAUUUACUGUGGAGUUUAUGAUAAUGCCUUAGACAAUGACAACUACAAUCUUGCUAAAGGAUUCAAUUAUCACCAAGGACCUGAGUGGCUGUGGCUUGUUGGGUAUUUUCUUCGUGCAAAAUUAUAUUUUUCCAAAUUGAUGGGUCAAGAAACUAAUGCAAAGACUAAGUUCUUAAUUAAAAACGUUCUUUCCAGACAUUAUGUUCAUCUUGAGAGAUCCCCUUGGAAAGGACUUCCAGAACUGACCAAUGAGAAUGGCCAGUACUGUCCUUUCAGCUGUGAAACACAAGCCUGGACAAUUGCUACUGUUCUUGAGACACUUUAUGAUUUAUAGUUGAUUCCUGGAUAUCUAUUAAAUAUGCAGUCACUUAUAUCAUGGAAUGCAAGGUAUAAUGUAAAUGCCUUAGAUGCACAGGCUCAAGUCAUUUUAAAAAUCUUAUUCUGUAAUAUUGAUGCCCAAUUAGGUAAGAUUAUAAAAGCAUUGGUUUUUCCUUUUUUUUUUUUAUUUUAAUGUACACAGGUAGCUUUCAAUUUGAAUCAGAAGGAAAAACUAUUAUUAUCAAUGGAAUAUUUUUCUUUUUAGUUCAGUAAGUAUUUUUUAAAUGCCUAGAAAUCCAGAAUUUGAAAAAGAAGAAUCAUGUAAUCUUAUAUUCGUACAUAGUGAAAAUAAAGUAUGAAAAUGUAAUAAUGCAAAAAAAUGGAAGGUAUCUUUAAAUUGUGGUAUGUAUUAUCUGCAGUAACAACAUAUACUGAAUAGGCUGUGGUUAAUUAAUGUUCUCACCAUUUCUUGUAGUAUUCUUAAUACCUUGCUCACUAUAUUCAAUAAAUAGUUAAUGAAUGUUGAAUGAUAGAAGUUUCCACCUACAAAUAUGCUCAUAAGUGGAGCACAGAUGUUCAAAAUGUGCUUGUAUUUUUUCACCAAUAUAUUAAUAUAUUUUUUUAAUGUAAUGAAUGCAACAGUAUAUUUAACAUAAUUUACUUGUGCCAAUGAUGCAUAGGAUAUAUGGAAAAUAUACAAAGCAUUAGGAAAUUUAUUUCCUAAAAACAAGUCUUGAGUUCAGUGUCCUAUUAUGAAAUGGUUUACAUUUUCAAAAUGGAAAUUGUUGGGCAUAUUUAUGAGAAAGAACUUUAAAGAAAAAAGAAUGUUAUAUUAAUUUUCCAAAACAUAAGAACUAUCUUUAGUUUGUGUGCAAAAAUCUAUUGAUAGAUCAUAGUAGGUACUGGCUUCAUAUUAACCAAAAUCUACAUUCACAAGUUUAGCACUGAGAAUAAUUUUAAUAGAAAUAUAGAUAUGAAUUCAGUAGUUAUCUUGAAUUCAAUGAAUUUAUUUGAAGAGUUUCUCAUGUUAUUUUAAGAUACCUUCAAUCUGAAAAAAGUCAUAAGAGGAAAAGUUUUUAACAUUUAUAUGAGUUAACAUUUUUGAACAGUACUUAUUUCCUAGAUGGAAUUUUUUUACUGUUUCACUCUUUUUGUCUCCAGAAAACACUUAAAUUAGAUUGUUAUACUUUCAGCUGGAAGACAGUAGUUGAAAAAAUCCGUUUAUUACUAUUUAAUAUUAUUUAGUGGUGUAUUUAUAGUUAAUAAACUAAUGAUACAGUAACACUUUUCUCAUACCCAGCAACCUUAACUAUAACUAAGAAAUAAAAAUAAGGAAGAAAAAUAAUCAAACUAAAACUUCUGGGUUAUAUGUAAAUAUAUAAAAAUAUAUAAAUCCUUCAGAUGUCAAAUACCCAUGCUUGAAAGCAUCCAGUUGACUGUAAGAUUACCUGCUCACCUCCUUCUUCACCCUACUUUAGGAAUAGUUUUAACUAACUUAGUUUUCUGGUUUUACAAACCUAAAGCAGAUUAAAUUCUACAAAUUUAAGGACAGUUGUGAUAGUAUUGACUACUGUCUAUAAACACUUUGGUUUCCACAUUUCUCUUUCUUCAAUUUCUUCCUUGCUCAAUUAUAACCUUUUCUAAACUGCACAAGAAUGGCCUUCCUUGAGAGAACCAUUAGUUCAUUAAAGGUUUAUGUGGUUAUAUUGCUCUACCCUAACUUCUGUAUUAAAGGAGGAAAAAGAGGUAACAAAAACCCAGCAUAUUUAACCAAAGCAAGAAGUAACAGCUGACAGUUAAAUGUGAUAAAAAAUAAAUAAAUAAUGAGUUGACAAUUUUAAAAAUGUAGCCAUAUUGGGUUAUCUAUAGUAGGGCAAUACCCACCUCAGUAAAUUUUUAGGAUAUCAUGUUGAACUGGAAAACUAAGUGAUUCAUAUUCCUAAUGAGGAAUAUUAAUCAAAGAAUAUUGGUAUAUUCUGCAUGGUUGAUUUUAAGGUUUAAGAAGGCAUGUUACACAUGAUUCCAUCCACAGUAGUUACAAUAACAAUUUUAGACCUUAGAAAGAUAAAUGUUAUUUGACUAAAGAGCAUUUAGGUAGAAUGCUUCAUUCCUGAGUGAGGCUGGAUAAGAUAUUAUAUUACAUUCGACAGUGGUCUGUGCCUUGGUUUUUCACUAAUCCUAAUCAGUCUUACACUUCAACCUGGGAAGUAAACUUGCCAGUUUAACCAGUAUGCUGUGAUAUUUUAAUAAGCUCUCAAAGAUAAUUGAGGAAACAUGAGACCCAUCAUCAUAUCUAUGAAUAUUGUAAUAUAUGUGAAUUGUAAUCCAUUUCUGCUGUGUCUUAAAUUGUUCUAUCUAGUGGGCAAAUGUCAUUUUUAUGUCUGUGUGCCAAGAAAAUAAAAAUCUUUCAUAAAGGA